CUCUCCGCCCGCGCUGACAGGCGGGCGCUGCGGAGGAAGGGGAGGGCGGCGGCGGCGGGCCGCGGCCUCACAUGACUGCUGCCGCGAUGGACGGCGAGCCACCGGCGGGCACGGAGGGCGCAGAUUUGGCAAAGCCUCCAGUAAAUGAACCGAGGGAACCGGAGCAGUUCCUAAUGCAGGCGCCGCAGGGAAAUCCACUGCUGCUUUCCCACACCCUACAAGAGCUAUUGAGCAAGGAUAGUGUUCAGGUGGAGCUUAUACCUGAGAAGAAGGGCCUUUUUCUGAAACAUGUGGAAUACGAGGUUUCCAGCAAGAGAUUCAAAUGCUCAGUCUACAGGCGAUACAAUGACUUUGUGGUGUUCCAUGAGAUGCUGCUGCAGAAGUUCCCGUAUCGGAUGGUGCCGGCACUUCCACCAAAGAGGAUGCUGGGAGCUGAUCGUGAGUUCAUAGAGUCGAGGAGGAGAGCGCUGAAGCGGUUCAUAAACCUGGUGGCUCGACAUCCCCCUUUCUCAGAAGAUGUGCUCUUGAAGCUCUUUCUGUCCUUCAGUGGCUCAGAUGUACAGAAUAAGCUAAGAGAGUUGGUCCAGGGAGUAGGAGAUGAAUUUAUGACCUGCAGAUUAGCUACCCAGGCCAAGGACUUCCUUCCCGCUGACAUCCAGGCCCAGUUUGCUGCCAGCAGGGAGCUCAUCAGAAAUAUUUAUAAUAGCUUCUAUAAGCUGCGGGACCGGGCGGAGAGGAUAGCUUCUCGAGCCAUUGAUAAUGCCUCAGAUCUUCUCAUCUUUGGAAAGGAGCUAAGUGCUUUGGGCUCAGACACUACGCCGCUUCCUUCCUGGGCUGCUUUGAAUAAUAGCACAUGGGGGACUCUGAAACAAGCCUUGAAGGGUCUGUCUGUUGAGUUUGCACUUCUGGCAGAUAAGGCUGUGCAGCAGGGUAAACAGGAAGAGAAUGAUGUGGUGGAGAAGCUGAACCUUUUCCUGGACUUACUCCAGUCCUACAAAGACCUGUGUGAAAGACAUGAGAAGGGGGUAUUGCACAAGCACCAGCGAGCACUGCAUAAGUACAGCAUGAUGAAGAAGCAGAUGAUGAGUGCCACUGUGCAGAACAAAGAACCCGAAUCGGUAGAGCAGUUGGAGUCUCGGAUUGUGGAGCAAGAAAAUGCUAUCCUAACCAUGGAGCUGCGGAAUUACUUCUCUCUGUAUUGCUUGCAUCAGGAGACACAGCUCAUCCACAUCUAUCUGCCUCUCACAUCUCACAUUUUGGGGGCUUUUGUCAACUCCCAGAUCCAGGGUCACAAAGAGAUGAGUAAAGUUUGGAACGAACUGAAGCCGAAGUUGAGCUGCCUCUUCGUGGGAUCCAGCAAUAUGCCAACUCCACCACUGUCACCUCCAGAGGGAAACUUCUUCUCCAAUUAAUGUGCUGAGCAUCCCGCCUGGAGCAAGAAAUGCGAUCAGCGAAGGGGUGGGACCUCUACCUCCAGAUGUUAGAAUGAAUCCUCCAAACAGCUAUUUUUAUUCUGUAAUACUGCUGCUUUGAGCUGCUCUCUGAUUAAGAUGGACUGGAUGUGGGGCAGAACAUACAGAUAGAGAGACAAUCUCUUCAUUUUGAAAUGCUCUGGGGCAGAGCUGAUGUUCGUUAUCUUGCAGAUGCUCUUCAUGGGGUCAGGAUGUGACCCAGUGCAGUGAGUGCUGCAGUGUCGUUGCUGAUGCCUCUGCAUCUUGUACUAACAGUCCUCCAGUAAUGAGUAUCUACACACGUGCUGACACAUCUCUGAAGUGCUGAGAUGAACAAGAUAUCUGAAGCACUUGCUUGUAGUAGAGAUGGAUUGCCUUUUAAGCUGGGGAGGGCCUGUGUUAGGGACAUAUGUGCAUAAGGAAAGCUGAAAGCCAUCCCCCAUCCCAUUGGAAUUGAUUUCUCACUGUUAGACCUUAGCACAAGAUACAUGAACAGAGUGGCUGGGGUGAGGGUCUGUGCUGCUGGGUGAGCAGGAUUGUCCCUGUGAGGCUGGGCAGGCUGUUGUGUUCACCACUGCAGGGCAGCCUGGAGACUUGCUCAUCUCUUUCAGUUUGGGGCCAAAGACAACUGGGUUCAAGAACUCAGAGGAGUUUGCCUGGUGUAAACGAGAAAGUAAUAGAAUAGAACACUCAUUCAUUGUAAACCACUCCUACUACCUGAGCAGCAGUGACCAAAGUAACUUGGUUAUUAUUGUCUUCUGGAGGUUCUGACAUCCAUCUCUUCAGUAGCUGUUUAGGACUACUGGAGAGCUGCUGAACUGAAGGCUGGUGUUCUCUUUGGUCUGAUAUCAGAUGCAGUAUCCUGUUGCACCAGCAUGUUGGGAUAUGAUGCUGAUAAAGUUCAUUAGCAAAAAAGAUCAGUAUUUAUCAGGAUGUUACUGUCACUCAUUUCUGGCUGUGGGUAGCACUGGAGUGUGUUUGUGAAGGAGAGAAGACAAUUAAGUGACAGUUCUCUCUCAGAAUAGGACAGUCCUUAGUAAUAGAAUGAUUUGUGAUAGAGGGACCAAACAUUCUCCAUGUUUUGCUUUGUUUCUUGGGUGGUUUACCCUCAUGAGGCCAAGGGUAGGGGCAAGAGACCUUGCGUGCCAUAGAAUCAUCUGUUUCCUCAAGGGAAAUGGUGCAUAUCCUCCAGAGAAACUGAUAACUGAGGAAACUGCAAACGUGCGCAGCAAAACUUGAUGUGAACAGGACUCCCCUGAAUCUGGCUCCUGUGGGGUCAAAAUAGCUGCCAAAGGGGAAUUUGAGACUUGGCUUCUUAGUGUUUUCUUUGAGUGGGUAAAAAGGAAGCACAUUACCAAGGGUGGGUGCUCGCUCUCAAACUGGAACCGUUGCAGUAUUUCCCACUGGGGAGUGUCCCCAUUAGCAGGAAGUAGAUUUAAGUCCUCCAAUCACAAAAGCUUUUUUCAUUAUUAAUUUAGGAAACUCAAUGCAACAUGAAGUUCUUCCUAGCCCAGGCGGAAAUUACGGGUUAGUUUCUUCAGCUAGAAGUGAGAUAGUUACUUGCCCAGUUCCAUGGGACAGGCAUAACUAUUACACACACCCCUCAAAAUGUAAAGUGCACUUAAGUGGGUGAGUUUCUUAAGCGCUGGGCCUUAAGGAGUGUGUAGGGUGUCCUGUUUAACAACUGCUCGGAGUUAAGAGCUUUGUAGAGCAAUUCAAAUGUUAACUCUCCCCUGAGUAUCUCCUCCCAUAUAUUAGCCAUGUCCAGCCAGACAGGGUUGAUACUUGCUCCUGAAGAUUUCCACAGUGGUGCAGCAGAGAUUCUGCUCAGCAAGCCAGAACAAACUGGUUCGGAAGGGAAACAUCUGUGCAGCACGGUAAUAAAGAAGACAGUAUCUCAAGAAUGGCACAGAAGGUUUUUCUGCUUGACCUUAUCAGGAAGGUAGUUUGAGGUUGGAGUGUGGAGAGCAUGUUGCUGUAAUUUUAUAUGCUCUUUGCUCCCAGCAUCUUUAGAAGGUGCUGACUGGUUACAGCCUGUCGUUUGCUUAGUCUUUGAACCGUGUUCAGCCUCGUUUGCCUGAUGUGCUGAACAGGCAGACUGAGAAAAUACCAUGUUUUGGGGCAAGAUCUGCUAUCUGUAUGGUGCAUCUUCUAUGUAACGUGUCUGGCUGGGGUAGAUGACUGGGCUGUGUCCUGCAGGAGCACUUGCUAAGUAUUAGCGUGAAUGGAACUUGGCAUUUCUCACUUUUAUCUGAAGUUACAAGUUUGGACUUUAUUUACAAACAAAACAAAAAAAACCCAAACAUCAAACCCACAUUUGGGCUUUAGAUUAACUCCUCUCUUCCUGUUCUCCUUCAAAGCAGGAAUUCUGCAGUCCAAAAGCAGCGACUGUAAUGGUGAUAAAUACAGACCACAUGACCUGUAAAGAAACUGGAAUUACAUUGCUUGGAGAAAAUCCCCUUUCCAGCCCUCGCCUCUCUGAGGGGGAGCAGUUUUGGGGGUGGAUUUCCUUGGUUGGGUUUUACUCUGUUCACCUAUUUUGAGAACAGAGGCCUGGUAUUCUCAAAGCUGAUACAACUAAUGGCACUUUCAGAGUUCCUCUCAUACUGGACUGUCAAGCUUCUGUCUCAUUCCUAAAUACCUGCCUACACUAUUUCAUACAACCCCUAGUUUGCUAAUCUUAUUUUUGGGAGACUGGUCAGUGUGCAAAUAGCACUGUUACAUUUACCUCAAUAUGUGAGGGGUUUCCUUACUGUAUUUGUUCUGUUUAGUUUAUGGAUCUGCCAGGCUUGGGGAGCAGCACCAAGCUUCCUUCCUCUUGAGGGAUACAGCAGGGAGUCAACCCAGUUGACUUCAAUUGUUUUAUCUCCCCUCAUCAGUGUAGGAGAAUCGGUUCUAGUUACCUCCGUGCUAUUGCCUUCUGCAGCAAACAGCCCAGCUAUACACAAGGGUAGGAACAAGAUUUAAUGGAGUUGGUUCCGUUGCUGGUAGCUGGGUAGAUUGCGCUAAACACUAAUCAAACCAGGAGACUAACUGAUGCCUGUCCAAGAACUGAUGCUCCUGUAAGAUGUAGUGCCCAAGAGUUAAUGUGCCUUCUUGAGUGGAAGCUUUCUGUGUGUUGCUGGAGGUCACAGGGCUUUUCAUAUGUUCAACAGUGAUGGUAGAAAAGGCCUCCAAUGUUCCUGUCAGUAUCUGUCCAACCUGUUGCGGAGGUAUCAGGGUAGUAAACAGCUGAGAACCUGAAACCGUGCCUGAAUACUGUUUUAUCAAAAGGGCUAUAUAUGUGUUUGUCACUCUUGAGGUCUCCUCUGCUCCGAGCUGUGAAGUGGCAAUAUAGAGGCUUUUUGACCAGUGUCGUGUUGAAAGGCUUUCAAAACUGUAUUUACAAUAGAACCUUCAUCUUUGAUCCUGCUUUCCCCCUCCUGCCAUCUUUGCAAGUUGUUGUUCCUCAAUGUUCAGCAGUGCCUUGCUGCAUUCCAGUGCUUUUACUCUUCUACUUUGAUCGUGCAAGGGUGUAAUUCCUGGAAUUUCUACCAGGCUAAUUUCCAAUCUUAAGUUUGUGCUCUUUCCUAAAAGACAAGAUCACCAGCUGGGGACACAACUUGUUUAAAACAUGUCAGUCUCCACAGCUGGGUAGGAGUAAUACUGUCACUGCUUUUUGACAGGAGCUAAAGAGGAGAUAGCAAAUAGAAGUGCAAGCAUGAGCCACACUUGUUCUUUUCCUUCCUAAAGUGUUCCUGGAGUUACUUGCUGUUCCUGGAGGAAUAGAAAGUAACUUGCUCUCUCUCAGCUUGCCAUUUAGUUUCCACCAGGAAAUAACCCAAACUAACAUCACAGGUAUCAGCUGCCAGUCACCCCCUUUCCUAUGACACAGUCAGGUCUUGCACCCCGCUACAAACUACCUAUCUCCUUGUGCGUAUUUUCUCUUCUCUGCUUACCUCGAGCCCUUCUCUCCACCAGAACAGCCAGAACCUCUUAAUGCUGUGUCAGGAACAGAGGGGAGUAUCAAGAACUCUGUAAAUAACCGUGCAGCACAAAAGCAAAAGCAAGAUCCUAAGGUGUUAACUCUUAUCUUCUGUCUGAGCUGUAACUUCCUGAGCACAUGAAGAAGGGCAUUUUUGACUGCUAUAAAUCAUUCAGAACUGCUGGAGGGAGACAAGAACAAACAAUCUUGUUCAGAGGGUGUGAAUUUUGCCUGCCUGGAAUAUCCUGUAUCUUUGCUUUGCUCAAAUAGCCUUAUGUAUGAAGCACUUUAUCCAAAUGCAGGAAUUAAAGAACUAUUACUACA